AUGGCCACUCAACCCAUAUCUGGAGAGCGCGCGCAGUCCAGUUUAGAAGCCGAUGAUCCCCCGGAAUAUCACACCAUCAACCCCAACAGAGCUCUCAUUGAAUGCAUACGUACUCCAUCUGCUCCUCUACCCCCAAGCGGCUCCUCCCAGGCAUUCAAAGUCAACGGGGUGAUAUAUGUAGCAGCCCAGAUAGGGGCUCUUCCUCGUGGCGACCUUGUUAUCGGACAAACUGCCUCUUUCGAACAGAUUUUCCUUAAUAUAGAGGCGAUUCUGAAGGCGGCAGGUUCUAGUUUGGACAGGAUUAUUAAAACUACGGUUUACUUUGCCGAAUACGUUCGUGGAAAAUACAAAUUCGAGGCUCACUAUAAACGGAUGCUUCCGUUUGCACCACCGCGAACUACUGUUAUAGUUCAAAAUAUUCGAGCUGAGGGUGGCACGGAUAUACAAAUGGAGGUCAUCGCAGUGGAGUAA